AUGCUCAUGGCUUCCACCAUCUCUGCUGUGCCUCGACCCCUCUCUCAACCUCUCCCACCCGGCAACAGCAGUAAGGAGAAGCCUGUGAACACCCGGGACCAGCUGCUAGCCCAGGCGGAGCUGGCUCUGCUCUCCAUAGUCUUUGUGGCUGUGGCCCUGAGUAAUAGUUUGGUUCUGGGGGCCCUAGUGCGGCGGGGCCGGCGGGGCCGCUGGGCACCUAUGCACAUCUUCAUUGGCCACUUGUGCCUGGCUGACCUGGUUGUGGCUCUGUUCCAAGUGCUGCCCCAGCUCGCCUGGGAGGCCACUGACCGCUUCCAAGGGCCUGAUGCCCUGUGCCGGGCUGUCAAGUACUUGCAAAUGGUGGGCAUGUAUGCCUCCUCCUACAUGAUCCUGGCCAUGACGUUGGACCGCCACCGUGCCAUUUGCCGCCCCAUGCUGGCAUACCGCCAUGGAGGUGGAGCUCACUGGAACCGGCCAGUGCUGGUGGCUUGGGCCUUCUCGCUCCUUUUCAGCCUGCCCCAGCUCUUCAUCUUUGCCCAGCGUGAUGUGGGAGAUGGCAGCGGGGUCUUUGACUGCUGGGCCCUCUUUGCCGAACCCUGGGGCCUCCGUGCCUACGUCACCUGGAUUGCUUUAAUGGUGUUUGUAGCACCUGCCCUGGGCAUCGCUGCCUGUCAGGUGCUCAUCUUCCGGGAGAUUCAUGCCAGCCUUGUGCCAGGCCCAGCAGAGAGAGCUAGGGGGCACCAAGGAGGGCGCCGGACAGGCAGUUCCGAUGAGGGAGCCCCUGUGUCUGCAGCCAUGGCCAAGACUGUGAGGAUGACACUGGUGAUUGUAAUCGUGUACGUGCUGUGCUGGGCGCCCUUCUUCCUUGUGCAUCUGUGGGCAGCGUGGGACCCAGAGGCACCCCUGGAAGGGCCCCCCUUCGUGCUGCUAAUGCUGCUGGGCAGCCUCAACAGCUGUACCAACCCCUGGAUCUAUGCCUCCUUCAGCAGCAGUGUCUCCUCAGAGCUGCGCAGCCUGCUCUGCUGUGCUUGGAGGCCCGCCCCACCCAGCCUGGGGCCCCAAGAGGAGUCCUGUGCCACUGCCAGCUCCUUCCUGGCCAAGGACACUUCCUCCUGAGAAGCCAGGGGGCGCCUUCUUUCCAGAGGCUCCACAAAGCUCAGCUGCCU